AAGCGUUGUAAUGCCGUCCUUGGAUGCAUUUGCAGACGCACAGCUUGCCAACAUUGUAUCCGUUCUGUUACGGAUUCCUGCAAGAGUCGAAUAGGCCGAAGCGCUGGAGAAUUCGGGCUCCAGGACGGCCGUGGGGGCGCUGCCCGCAUGGCAGCUAUAUAUUGCUUCAGAGCUACUGGUGCCUGAUCUGUCAACGCAUCCAUACCACCCUCAUCGUUCCCCGAUACUUCUCGUCUUCUUUGAUCCCAUACCAGAUUUCAAUUAACUUCCUCCUUAUCCACCUCUUCUAUCAAAAUGCUUGUUCAAAAAUCCGAGGCGUAUAAGCCUGAAUCACCCAGUCCAUCCUCCAAAGCGAGGCGGUCCUUAGUCAUCUCUACACCCGUCCGUCUCCCGAUCAAGAAGACGCUCGCUACGAUCGCGGGUAGUUCGCCUCUAGAAGAAACCAAUCUUGCCCUCGUCUUGCGCUCCGGUAGCGAUGCGACGACAAUAUCCACUGAUGGUACUGAUCGCUUCUGGAGUGCCACCAAGGGUCCAUAUGCAUCACCCACCACGAGUUCUAAGGAAUCUCAGCUUUCGACCCCGAACACGUCGCCAAGUAUUACCCUUAGUCCCAAGAAGAGCCUGCAAUCAGAGCCAGAAUCGCCAUUGCUGCGCAAGGCGAAAUGGCCAGCCACUACGAACUCGCUGGUCACCCAGGUGGUCGAAGCUGCUCUUGGACAGCAGCCUGCCGGUAUCGCUGGAAAGGCUGAGAAUGACAUCAAGCCCGAAAAGUUGAUCCGUAACAUGACUGGCCUACUGUCACAAGUCGUCGAAGAGAACAAUAAAGCCCGUCGCAAGAUCGUCCUAUCGGCCAGUCCGAACCUCGACUUCUCGUUUGCUACCAUGCUUGAACAUUCCAAGGCCACUGGACCGGCGAUGCUAGUCUCGAAGACGAAGUCUUCGUUGUCUACGGAUUCGAAGGAGAGCCCUGUGUCACCGGUAUACACGCGUACCCAAACCACCGUCAAGAUAAAAGUCGAAGGUGAUCGUACCUCAACCUCGCCAAAAGCUUCGCCGUCAAAGAGCAAGAGUACACGACCUACGACAAUCAAGAUAGAACUGGAAAACAUCCUCCCACUCGACUUCCGUCAGAGGCUGGCAGAAAACAAGGAAAUUUGUGUGGCCUCACUGGUCAAAAGGCCAUCUGCCAGGUGUUCCUAUAAGGCCAAACCAACCUUGGCCCGUAUAAGGACUCGCAUCUCAAAGCUCGGAAGUAUGCCAGAUUGGGCGAUCUUCCUCAGGAAAGUCGAAGAGGUUAUUCGUUCGACCAUGUGCCAUAGACAUCAGGACGCAGCCUUGAACGACUCAAGGAUAGGAAGGCUGAAGACUUUAGUUCAAAGCAUCGACCACUCGUCAACUGUCGACCUGUCACCUUUCUAUUCUUGGGUCGAUGCGAUCGCCGGGAGAGGCUCCAAACAGACGAACAAGACGGCCACAGCGAAGGUUCUAUAUGCAGGCACCAAGGUCUCUUCACAAGGUAGUGAGGUCCCGAUAUCGAUCUCGCCCAAGCUGCUUCCCGUUCCUUUCGGGUUCCAACCCUUUCAGCCCAAAGCUACCGCAGAUCUCUCCGUUAACGAAGCCAUACGUCGCGUCAUUGUCCAAGACCUCACUGCCACCGACCUGAAAUCCGGCUCCAUCUACAUAUUCUGGUAUAAAGGCCGGUUCGGGCACGUUAAGAUUGGCCGCUCUAAGGAUCCGGAGAAACGCCUUGAGGAAUGGAAUAAGCAAUGCAAGCGCGUCCACGAGUUCCACAUCUCGUCGUUCAGAGGCGAACUCGUUGAGGUGGCCCAUGCCAGCCGGGUGGAGAGGCUAAUGCAUACUGAACUGAAGGAUCGAAGACGGGAACUGAAGUGCGAUGGAUGUGGUAGGAACCACCGAGAAUGGUUUGACGUACAGGAGAGGCAGGCAGUGGAGGUCUUUACAAAGUGGAGAGACUGGGUUGCGCAAAAGCCUUACGUGGAGGACCAUCGCACCGGCGCAUGGACGCUCAGGCCUGACAUGGAAGAGAAGCUCGCUGAGGUGUGUCGCCCAGUGGAACUCGCGGCUGCGAAGAAGCCAGUGAGUCGAAAGCACAGGUCUAGAACUAGCCAAGGGGCACACGGUCACAAUCUCCGCUCGCGAACACCAUCGGGGCGGGCAAGGACGUCGUUGUAGGCUAAGCCUAUGUACAUUUGCCAAUUAUGUAUUACUCUUCCUGAAGCACGUCGUCGUC